AUGAUUUCACUUCAAACUUCUGCAGCUAAUGCCAAGGUUAACGUGACUCUUCACUCAUCUUCUGAGUUAAAAUUUGAAUGGAGCAAUAAAAUUCCGUAUCGUGAUGUGGAUUUAUUUUUCUCAUCGAGAUUUUACGAGACUCAAAGACCUCCGCACUUUCGCAAUCAUACAAUCGAAGCUUUUGCUUUACUUUCUACUGCUAUUCCCAUGUCAAUUUCAACAGCAGCAAAUCCACCUUGA